AUGGCGGAAGACACAGAUUUCAAGGGACUUUCUCUUCGCAAAGGCGAUUACCGUCCCGCAGGACCCGACGACCUACGAGCUCCAUGUCCCGUUCUCAACUCGCUCGCAAACCACGGGAUCAUCGCACGCAAUGGCCGCAAUAUCACGGCCGCUGAGUUAAAAGCCGCGCUACGCUACCUGGGCAUGGGCAUCGAUGUCAUCGCAAUACUCGUCAACGGCUCAUUCCAAGUGCACACCGACGACCCGAAGAAAAUGGCCCGGCUCGGACUACGAGAUAAAGACCAAGUCAACGAAGACGGCGUACCCGUGCUGAAUCUCGACCAGGUCGGCCGACCUCACGCCGUGGAGCACGAUGUCUCUGUAACCCGACAGGACCGCGCCCUGGGCGACUGCAUGCACGUGAACCCCGACCUUCUGGAGCGAUUCCUCGCGGCUCCAAAAACAGAGAAGGGUUUCAGCGCGUCUGAUUUCGGCAAGUAUCGCAAGACUCGGUUCGACGAGCAGAAGAGAGACAAUCCGGCCUUGGAGUUCGAUAAGAUGAACCACUUUAGUGGAUGCGCGGAGCUGGGGGCCGUUCAGUGUGUAUUUGGUCGGGGCUUCCCGUAUCGUGUGCCCGAGGAGUAUAUACAAGUGAUUUUUGGUGAGGAGCGUCUACCCAUCGAGGAGGGAUGGAAGCCAAGACGACUACCGCUGCUGUUGCCGGAGCUUGGGCCGGUAAUUCUGAGGAUUUCCCAUUUUGCGUGGCCUUUUUGA